AUGACGAGGAGGAUGAGGAGAAAUAGGAUGAGGAAAAAGGAUGACGAGGAGACGAAGGAUGAUGAGGAUGAGGAGAAGGAUGAAGAGGAUGAGGAGAAGGAUGAAGAUGAUGAGGAGAAGGAUGAUGAGAAGGUGGAGAAUGAGGAUGAGGAAAAGGAGAAGAUGACGAGGAGGAUGAGGAGAAAUAGGAUGAGGAAAAAGGAUGACGAGGAGACGAAGGAUGAGGAGAAGGAUGAUGAGGAUGAGAAGGUGGAUGAGGAGACGGAGGAUGAGGAUGAGGAAAAUGAGGACGUGGAAAAGGAUGAUGAUGAUGAUGAUGAGGAGGAGAAGGAUGAGGAAAGGAAGGAUGAAGAAUGGUGGAGAGAAGGAGAAGAUGACGAGGAGGAUGAUGAGGAUGAGGAUGAGGAUGAUGAGGAUGAGAAGAAGAAAGAGGAUGAGAAGGAAAGGGAAGUGGAGGGGGAAGAUGAUGAGGUUAAGGGGGAAGGGAGGGGUGAGGAAAAUGAGGAAGGGUGGGAUGAGGAUGGGGAGAAGGAGGAGGAAGGGGGGGGGGGGGGGGGCGAGGAUAAGGAUGAUGAUGAAGGAUAUAAUGACGAUAAGAAGGAAGAAGGAGGACGGGAGAAUGAGGAGGAAGGAAGAAUGGGGAGAAUAAGAAAGAUGAAGAACGGAAGGUGA